UAGGAGAUCAAGAUCGCUGGACAGAGUAAAAAGCUCCAGCAGAUACAACUCUGCCAGCCCAUCUUCCUCAUCAAGAGGGAAGGACGGUAAAGAAGAUCCUGCUGAAAUGAUUCCCGGUUUCCAUGAUAUGACACCUGCUGAGAAGAGCAAACUGAGGCUGCAGUUGGCCCUGAAGGCUGCUGCUGCAGCAGACGAGAGGAUCAAGGAUCAGAUUAAGGAGAGUCAGUUUGGCGGAGCGUCCACAGUGGAGGACCAGAUGAAAUUCUCCAGUGCAGUCAAAGACAUUGAGAGCUCCAGUUUUGUGCCAACAAGUUUCAAGUCCAACAGAUCAGUAGGUUUUGAACCCAACUUAUGAGGACAAUCACAUCAU